GUCGAAUGAGGCUAAUUUUAUUAACGCUAGUCGUCAAGAAGUUCAACUGAAUAAUUACUCCGAAUUGUAUCUACGAAAAUAGCCGAAUUCGACUGUAAUCUCAUCGCAAAAUAAUUCAUAGAAUUUGUAUCUUCAUUAAAAUUCAAUUUUCAAAAGUUCAAUUGUUAAAACGCUCAUUAUUUCUUAUGAUAUAAUUUUUAAUUAAGAACGAUAUGGAGGAAAAGACGAGCCCUUUCAAAGAAAUUGGCUCCAACGAUAUUGACACGGAGUCAAAAGCAAUGCUAAAGAGAAAAUUACAAAUGAAAUCAGAAGCGCUCAUGUUGUUAAGCAAGGAAAUGGAUCAGAAUAGGAUAGAACGAGACCAAUUCAAACUGAUGGCUGAACAAAUUCAGGAACGGUUUCUACAUUUGAAGAAACAGAUGUGUGAUAUGAAAGAGCUGAACAGUUUCAACGAUGAUUUUAGAACCUUGGAUUUAUUAACAGAAGCGCGUGAACAAAAUAAAUGCCUCAGGCUACAAGUUGAAACAUUAAGGCAGAAGCUAACAGAUGCUGAAGGUGAUAUCAAGGUGUUACGUACAAAUAAUAAUCGUAUACCAAUUGAACAGCAGGAAACUCAAUUAGCACCAGCUAUGCAUCAAAGAGAAGAGAUGAUAGAGCAAUUGGAGAAAUUAAAUUUAAAGUGUUCACAGUUGCAAACAGAUCUACAAACAGUAUUGGAUGAGAAACAUGAGCUGAAGAUGGAAAUGGAUGCAUUCAAAUGUAAGGCACAUCGUUUGAAUCAUGAACUGUCUAAAGCUUUGAAUGCUACCAAACCAGUUGAUUUGGAUGCUCUUAUCAAUGAAAAUAGAUAUCUGCAAGAAAGAUUGCAGCAAUUACUUGAGGAGAAGGAGCUCACUCGUCAAUCUCUGUCAAAGUAUAAGAGUAUGCUAGAUAGUAAAAGGGCUAAAGGAACUAUCAAGUUGGGCGUAAAUUCUGCAGUUGGAACAGUGAUGACUCACAAGCAAGUCGAACAGCUUCUUCAAGAAAGUUCUUAUAUACCUCCCCAGAAAUCUGCUGCUGCCGUUACUGAUCUACGGUGCCUUUGCACUGCCUUAUUAGAGGCUUUAAAUGACAAAACUUUAGCUCUGGCUCAUCAGAAGAAAGCGAAUAAAAUAUUGGCAUUGAGAAUUUGUGAAUUGGAUAGUGCUGUACAGUCACCAACCAUGAAGCUUUUGGAAGGAUACACAAGUACCAAUGUUGAUUUGAGAUGUGAUAGCGACUUCAAUAAUUUGGAUCAUACUAACAGCAGUAUACAUAAUAUCGAGGAGAAGAAUGUUGUAACAAAUGAAGAUAAUAUACAAUGUAGCUCAUCGCCUGAAAGUCAAAUUAUGCAACAAUUGCAGUCGAUACAAAUGAGUCUUCCAAGGAACUUAGGAGUAUUGGUUCAAAAGGCAUUAAAUAAUUUAAAUGAUAAACAGAAGGUAUGAGAUUAAAAAUAUGUUACAGAGUACAAAC